AUGACCUCCUCCACACUCAGGGCCUGCGUCUCUGGGUCAAGAUUAGAUACCUCAUACGUCAGUUUCGAGUCGGAGAAGGGAGUGAGAUCACCAAGAACCCCAACGUACAUCCCAGAUUCGCCAUCAAUACAAACAGCCCGUCCUUUCGACCACACCAGAUUCUUUGCCGAGUCCACAUCUGAGACCAAGAACAGACCCUCGUUACCACCGCCACCCGCCACGAAGCCCAUGGAAUGGAUAUGGAUCUGCCAUCUUUGUCACUCACGUUAUGCGCUCGGAGUGACGCGACGAUGUCUUGUCGAUGGACACUACUACUGCUCCGGGGAGAGCGACAAGCCAAGUAUGAGGAAGAAGAAAAAACAGAAGGCCUGCUCGAGCGAAUUUGACUACGGCGCAUGGAGAAUGUGGGGUGAAUGGCGUCGGAAAGCCCUCCGAACGAUACAAAAUGACAGAGUCUUCAAGGGCUGCGAGUCCUGUGACUUUCCCAGCCAGUGUCGGUACCCCAUCGAUACACAUCCACUCGGUGAUAUGGGAAUGGCAUCGGUGACGCCCAAAGUCACUGUGACCGAAUCAGCCCGCGAAGCAAAACGUGAAACAGAGCAAGAUAGAACCAAGAGCAAAUCAACCGCCAAUGAGAAGGUUGACUUUGAUCAGAUCUUGAAGAGCAUGGUUGAUACGGACGCACACCAGCCGACUCUGGACAUGUUGAAAGGUACGAUGCAGGAGACGGGAAGCGGGAAGAAGAAGAAGAGCUUCGGCAGCAAGGCAUUCGUUCCCUCUUUGCAGUUAGAACUGCCUCACUAUGACACAACAUUGCACGACCUGGUGGCAAUGGAUUGGGCCAAUUUUGAAGAAAUCGAAUUGGGAAAGACAAAGACGGAGUGA